UUUGAGAUUAAUUAUAAUUUAUAUAUUCCGUAGACAAACGGAAUUAAAUUUUAAUCAGUAAUCUGUUAAUCUAUGUUUAUAAUGAAUAUCUUGUUUGACCAUAACUUUGUACCAAUCCCUCUGGAUUAUGUCCUUGAAUGGCUCCACUGAGGCCUGUUUUCAUAACUCUGUACCUGUAGUAGAAACUUGUCAUUCACAGUCAUGGGAAAAUGGUUUGAAUCUUUUUAAUUUCUUUUAGAAGUUCAGAGGGGUUUUUUUUUUUUCAUUUAAAUUGGUGUUUUAUUUCAUUUGUAUGCAUGAACCACAUGCUAUGAAUAUAUCCAAAGAUCAUGUUUUUACUUCAGAGAAAGUCUAGUAUUUAAAUUGAGGAGGACUAUUGACAACCUCUGUUGAUUUAAAUUUAUUAUCAGACAGAAAGAAGAUUGUUGAUGUGACACUAGAUUCUUGUGCAUUCUGUUAAGUUUCUCGGGUUUCAUCAAUUCAGAUGAAUUAUUCUCAUAAAACAUAGAACAAGAUUCGAACAAAAGUAAAUAUCCCAACAUUUCUGACAUCAGUGCCAUUUAAUAGGAAAACUAUUCUGUGAUAUUGAAUUUCAACAUGCUUUAAAGAUAUAUUUUGAAAUGCAAGCAUACAGCAUAGUUGAAUGGAUCGAUUAAUGUACUUUAAUGACGUCAAAUUGGGUAUUGCAGAAAUAAUGUAGUCAAGGGCCAUUGUUUGCCUGGAUGUUAAAAUUAAACAGAAAUGGUUCAAAGGCUACAUUGUUGUCCCCCGCUUAAGAAAUUAAAUACCUAAAAUUAAUCCAACAUAUGGAGAAAUAGUUAAUCGGAUGUCUAUGUAAGAUUUUGAGUGAGUUUUGUAAAUGUUCAUUGAAAGGAGAUUUUUUUUUUUCAAAUGGAUAAUUACAUGUUCAUUGAAAAUUCAGGUAGAAAACUACGAAUAUUGUGACGUGACGAAAUCAGCAUCCAACAUCAAUACAACCGGGGAACCAGUGUAUGGUCAGCUUGGAAACAUUUAUAAAGAGAGUGUUUGAUAAAGAUGUAAUUAUUCAAAGAAAGCAGUCCAUCGUAACACAACAAUAUGAAUUUAGACAUUGUUAUGAGGAGACGGACCCGCAAGUUGCGGUUGUGCAUUUUAGUUUCUGGACUUCUUACCUGUUAUGUGGGUAGCUUCCUAGUGCUAAACAGAAAUUCCUUAUUUGAUACCGCUCAGACAAAUGGCCUUCAAGUGGAAGGGAUAGAGCUGCUCGUCCCUGGACAGAGACAACUUCUAUCUACAAAUUCCUCUUCAAGUGAUGAGGCCCUUUACUUUGAGGAUGCCUUCACAGAAGAACAGUUAAAGCAUGGAGCUGUGAUUUUACAUGUGAUAGGGAUGAUCUACAUGUUUAUAGCAUUAGCUAUUGUCUGUGAUGAGUUCUUUGUACCCUCUUUAGGAGUCAUAAUCCAGAACUUUGGAAUUUCAGAAGAUGUGGCUGGUGCAACAUUUAUGGCUGCCGGUGGCAGUGCACCUGAGUUCUUUACAAGUCUCAUUGGAGUGUUCCUAGCAAAAAGUAAUGUGGGAGUAGGAACGAUUGUCGGAUCUGCUGUAUUCAAUAUUUUAUUUGUUAUUGGAAUGUGUGCUCUGGUCAGCAAGGAUGUUCUUGCCCUAACAUGGUGGCCCUUAUUCAGGGAUGUGACAUUUUACAGUAUCGACCUGUUACUAUUGAUUAUUUUUUUCGUCACAGACCAAAAAAUCUACUGGUAUGAAGCAUUAGUUUUGUUUUUUUUAUAUAUUUGUUAUGUAGUUUUUAUGAAAUUUAACCAUAAGAUAGAGAGGUGGGUGAAAUCCAAGCUGCCGAAGAAGAAAACCAGAGUGGGAAGUUCUAGUCAAAUUAUAGAGAAACCAGAACGAGUUCUAAGUGUGCCAAUUUUACAUUCUGGAGGAAACCACUUCAGGCCAGGAAUAUUGGAACUAAUAAUUCAUCAUAUAGACCCGAUGCAUAAAGACAGUAAACCUCAUAAUAAGGCAAUGCACUUACAUGCAAUAGCAACCUUGAAGGUCAUCAUAGGAACCACUCACACGGAUGACCCAAAUGCUGUACAUGUGGAUAAGGACAAUAACACCAUACAGGCCAAUGGCAAAGAAGCCCUGACACCAGUAACCAAUGGCAAUGCCAUAGAUCAGGAUGAGAGAAAUGGAGAUGGAGUUCUGUUGGCUGUGGAUGGAGUAGCCAAUCAAAAUACGGAUGUUGCGUCCGGCUCUGGAGACAAAGAUACAAAGAAAGAGGAAACAUUGGAGGAGGAGGAGGAACCAUUAGAUCUGAGCUGGCCUUCAGGCUGGAGAAGUCGAAUUAUGUAUGUCUUUGUUGCUCCUAUAGUGUUCCCCCUGUGGAUUACACUUCCAGAUGUUCGUAAACAGGAAAAGAAAAAAUGGUUUUGGUGCUCAUUUUUUGGGAGCAUUUUAUGGAUUGCCAUUUUUUCAUAUUUGAUGAACUGGUGGACCAAUACCUUGGGCAAUACAAUAGGCUUAACAGAUGAGAUAAUGGGACUCACCAUUUUGGCAGCAGGAACCAGUAUUCCAGACCUGAUUACAAGUGUGAUUGUGGCCAAAAAAGGCUUCGGAGACAUGGCAGUCUCCAGUUCUGUUGGAAGCAAUAUCUUUGACAUCACUGUCGGCCUGCCUAUCCCAUGGUUACUUUACUGGGCAGCCUUUCAGGAGCCAAUCAAUGUAGACAGUUCAGGAAUGGUGUGCUCUAUAGUUCUUCUGUUUUUGAUGUUGAUUGCAGUCAUCGUGGCAAUAGCUAUCAGCAAAUGGAGAAUGAAUAAGGCCCUUGGCUUUUCUAUGCUGAUCUUGUAUGUUAUCUUUUUGAUCCUGAGUGUCCUGCUGUCCUUGAAAAUCAUAGUCUGUCCUGUGGAAGUUUAAAGGAUCCUGAAAAUCAUAGUCUGUCCUGUGGAAAUUUAAAGGAUCCUGAAAAUCAUAGUCUGUCCUGUGGAAAUUUAAAGGAUCCUGAAAAUCAUAGUCUGUCCUGUGGAAAUUUAAAGGAUCUUCUUCGUUUUAAGUUAUGGAAGUAUACUGUACAAAUAUGAAUUCAUGUUAAACUAUUUUGAUAUGUAUUGUUUUAUGUAUAAUUUAUUGAAUGUUUCAAUUGAAAGUAGAAAAUAACAAUUGUAUGUCAUAAUUGUUUAUCACUGUAGCAUUUGUUGUUGGUAGUUUUACUUUUUAAGGAAUAUGACCAACAUACUAAGGAUGGGUCAGAAUAGAACAUCAGAACCAUAAUCUGUUGAAUAUGUAAGGAAAUUCAUUCUUCUUUUUAAUAUUCUACAUUUUUUGAUAGUAGAGACUCUAAAUAAUGGGGGUUCUUUAUGACAAAUUUGAUGACCUCAGUCAUUUGUUGUGUGUUCCGUUCGUAAUUCUGUGAAAAGGUUGCGUUUUCUCUGGAGGAUUUUUGUUUUUAGUACAUUCAUUAUUGUACUGCAAUAUCUAAUUAAACCAUUUAUUUUUUGAAGAGUGAUCAUACUCCUGACUUUCCAGUAUAGUUCAAUAUCCAGGCUCAUGCAAGCAAUUGAAUAAUAUUCAAGGCUGGAACAGAGAUGUAAUUUUUGGGAAAUCCUUUGUCAUGUCAUUUAAGAGUAUUUGAGUUUAGGAUGUGUGAACGUGAAAAUUAAAUAUUUUCUUUUUACACAAAAUGAGAAGUUUUAGUGAUUGCUUUUGUUUCACUGAUGCAGAAGAAACCUUUGUGUUAAUCGUGCUAGUCAUUCUACAUAACCAAUGUUAUCAGCAUAUUUUACACCCCAAAAUAACAGGGGAUUCCAUGAAUUUAUUUAUUCAUGUUAUACUCUUAAUUUGAUAUUAUUUACUCUUAUUUCUUUCAAAUGGUCUCUCACCACAGUCACAUUCCGUCUGUACAUUUGUGAAUUUUCUGUUGAGAUAUUUUGCAGAUCAUGAUUUUUUUAAUGCCCUUGACAAAAAGUAAUCAUUUGAUUAAUACUGUACAUGCAAAAACGUGCUCUCUGAAUUUUUUUGUUGUGUCCUUUAAGUUUUAAAUACAUGUUUAUAUUGAUGUUUUAUUUUUAUUGUUAUUGCUAUGAAGGUGUGACACACUUUAGAAAAUUGUAAUGAAUGAAAAGUAUGAUUUACAUGUACCCUUAUUAGCAAAAUAUCGCAAUUUCAUUACAAAAUCAUUGCGAAAAAUAUUAAAAUUCUGCGAAACUCUGGCCCUAUAUACAGAUAGGUAGCCUAAUGCUUUAAUUCACUGAUUUAACCAGAUAGGUAACAAUACCUAAAGUGAUAAUGAAUAUUUUAUUGAUAUACUUUCUAUUGAAACAUUGUGACGUUAUUCAUCCUUAAAGGUUCUACAUGUAUUUAGCUCUCUGAGCUAUUGUCAUGACCCAGCAUAUGUCUGUCACACUUUUGAGAAAAACAUUUGCCUUGGCUAUAUCUUUGGAGCCAAAGGGGAUAAGUCUAUGAUAUUUCACAUAUAAAUACUUCAUAUCCAGACCUUUCAUUUGUUACCAAGACUUGUGACCUAGUGAUGUUGACUUUUUACUUUCACAUAUUUACAAGAACUUUAACCUUGGCUAUAUCUUAUGAACCAUGGGAGGAUAUUGCUUUAAUAGUUCACAAAUACAUUCCUCAUGACGAGACCUUUCAUUUUGUACCAAGACAUUUGACCUAGUGACCUUGGACUUUGACCUACUUUUCAAAAACUUUAACCUUGGCAAUAUCUUUUGAACCAAGAGGGGUAGAGUAAGUAGGUUAUGCUUCCCGGCAAGCUAUGCUGUCUUAUGACAACUCUUGUUAAGUUUUUAUGCAUAUGUGAUAGUUUGUAAAUCCUUCCAUUUUGUUAUUUUACAAAGAUGAACACAAUAGUUUUGCUUUCGUGUCUUAGAGUAGUCUAGAUGAGAUACUGAAUGUUAGGAAAAUCAAUGUAUUGUAUCAAUAGUUAAUAAGGUUAUCAAAUCCUUAGCACUUUAUAGUUAAUAAGGUUAUCAAAUCCUUAGCACUUCAUAGUUAAUAAGGUUAUCAAAUCCUUAGCACUUCAUGUUCUUUGACAUGCCAUGUAACUUUGCUGGCCAAGGUUACUGACACACAUCAUUGAUAUUGAACACUCCUAAGCUAUUUGUAUAUUUUCAUAAUUAGAUGAAGACUCAACCAUAACUGGGUCAGAGGGGUGUCAAUUUUUACUUUAAUACACUACAAGAAUAUUCCAUUUUGAUUUUUCUUGUUUCAUAAUGUUUAAAAUAUCAGUAAUCUCUUAUUUUGUACUGCUAUUCUCUUCAAUAUUAGUUAAGGAGUUGCAGUUAAAGUAAAACCUGGCUAAUGAAUCAACUGGGACAGUUUUUUUAGUCAGUGACAGAAUUACUAUUGUUCAAAUCUAGCAUUCAAUAACUGUAAUAGUAUUGUACUGAAAUGCUGUUGGUAUGGAUUUCUUAGAACAGGAUUUGCAAAUUUGACUGUCAAAAAGACAUUUUAUCAACUUAUGCAAAGUUGAUAAUGCAACAUUUGAUAUUCAGUAAAAUUUUGGAUUAUACCUUAUAUUUUACGAGUCUGUGUUACAAAAGUGCUAUUAUUUCAAUCAUUUUAUGGAAACAUCUCACGACGAAGCCUAGGUGGUUAUUCAAAAGGGCGGAUAGUCAAUUAGGGUAUGUUUUCUGAUGUCAUAGGCCAAUAGUUAAUUUUCUUGUGAACUUUACAUAGUGUCAAGUUUCAGAGAGAUACAAUGAUAAAUUAUGAUCUGUUGUAUCUGCAAUUCUAUGUAUUUAGUUACAGCUGUCAGUUGGUACGAGGGCAAUACUUAAUUUGUGGGCCCCAAACUGUAGCCCAAGGGCUAAAUUUAGCCAUGGAACAGAAAAUUGUUGUCCUUCCCAUUCAGUAGCUGCUUUAUUAUACCAAAACAUAUAUGGAUUUUUAUUAGAUUCACAUUGACAUACAAGCAGGCACUGUCGUCAAGCCAGAUUUUGUUUGCAUGUGAAAUCAAUGAUAAUGCAACAAAAGUUGGUUAUUUUGUUUCUGUUUACAGAUCUUGUGUUUUAAAAGUGCUUUCAAGAUUGAUACUCAAAACUAUAAUUUGAAUUUUAAAUAGCAUCCAAUUUCCUGGAGGUAUUUUAAGGUAGAUCGAUCCUCAUGUGAUGUCAUAGGUUUUUGCAUCAAAUUAAACUUUUGAGUGUGAUAGAAGUAUUAUCUUUCAGAGGAAUUUUAUUCACUGGAUAUAAUAAAAAAAAAUCUGGUAAACUAUUGAUAGUGAAAAAGUUUAUAUUUCCUUAGAUGAUUUAUUAUUAAUUUUAAAAAUGUUUUUAAGGGCAAUAACUCUUAUGCUAAUGAUUUCUUUAAUAUCCACAUUUACAAUUUUUAUAAAUUGGCAGUUUUUCUAAUCUGUUUGCAUUCAAAACUUGUCAAGUUUGUAUCUAUUUUUAUUAUUUUGUUUUAUAAAAAUGUGUGACUUUCUGAUAUUGACCUGUACUUCUGUUUUUGUAUGUCUGACAUCUUUGAAUAGGUGGCAACAUAUACAUUUUCUUUGGUUAUUAAUUAAAUCAAGCUAUAUUGAGUGGAAAUUUUUCCACUUUAAACCAUUAAUAUUGAUAAGUCACAUGAGGAUGGAGCUACCUUAAUUAAAUCCCAUUGUUUGUUCCUUUGGAACAAAUAACUUUUGACAUCAGGUUAUUUGCAGUACAUGCAAUAGUAUUUGCUGUGUAUAUAUACAUAUUCAACUAUAAUAUUUAAAGCUUCUAAAAUUAUAUAAAUGUAUAAAAAUUGUCAUUUUACUUGUCCUGUCUUCCAUAAGUUAAACUUUAUAAAAAUAGAGGUGAAAAACUUGUGACUAUUAAAUGAAAUGAACCUGUCAAACUUUUCAGUUUGUCUCUCGUGUGCCUAGUCUUCCCUUGUUUUUAUGUGUAGGUUAAAAGUGUGGUUUAAUUUAGUUUUUCCAGUAUAGCAUUAUACAUUAUUUUCUUCCUUUGAUAAUUAAAAUAUCUGUGCUCAGCAGUUGAUUUACCCAUAUUCGUUACUUACCAUCUGCAAAAUAUUCUUGAAAUUGUUAGCUGUUGCUCAAAGCAAAGCUUUAUGUUGAAUCUAUUAUCCAUUAACUUUUUUCUGUUUUUGAUUUUAUCUUUUAGAACUUUUCAGAUAUACUUGGCACAGUGCAUGAUCCAUGGGUUUAGGAUAUUCCAAGUUUAGGAGGGCCACAUUUCCUCUUAGGAGGGGAUGAGUAAAGAAGUUGAAUUUAGAACUGGGUCUUCUAAAAUUCCUGAAUAUUUUGUUUUAGAUCUCUUGUCUGUCUGCCACUUUAAUGUUAGACUUAAGGUGAAUUGAAAGCUCAGUUAAAUAAUUGUCUGGAUCGAAUUUUGCCAUGAAGAGACCUGCAUCCAUUGUUCAGGGUAAUGUUUGACAAACUCUAACGUAAUAAUUACAUAUCGAAAUAUUAUAUGGUAAGAAAAUGCAGGAAAGAAGGCUAAAAAGAUUUGUGAAGAAAAAGAUGCGAGUUCAGAGAUCAUUGGAUGGAGAGAGAGGGGGGUUCUAUUCUUAGAAUGUUGUUUAAAAGGACAAGAGGUAAUGCAUUAAAUUAGAUACCUUGAAAAAAGAAUUUUCCAAAGCAGUUUGAAUAUCUAGUUUCUCUGGAGGAGGGGGACAAGUAGUUUGAAUAUCUAGCUUCUCUGGAGGAGGGGGACAACAAAUAGUUUGAAUAUCUUGCUUCUCUGGAGGAGGGGGACAACAAACAGUUUGAAUAUCUAGCCUCUCUGGAGGAGGGGGACAACAUUAGCAGUUUGAAUAUCUAGCUUCUCUGGGGGAGGGGGACAAGAUAAUUCAUAAUCUGAAUUUUGCAUACAUUGGCCUCCAUCAUUCGCAUAUUUUUGUUCAAAGAUCUGAUCUCAUCGGAUAUUGGCAACUUUUAAAAUGGUGUUAAUUGUUUUUUAGCUAUAUGAUUUUUAUGUUGUAGUGUAAUUAUUAAAUACUUCUAGUUGUCCUAGAUUUUUUUUUUUUUACCUUUAAAUCUAUUUGUCCAUCAGUCACUGUAACAAGCAUGCAUUCAGGGUAAGCUUAUUCCACCCAUGAUAACAAUUGGUCUUCAUUAUCUUUGAAUGUAAGAUUUUGAAGAAAUCAUUUUUUUAAAAACAUGUAUGUCAAGAUAUUAUUUCAGACCUAUAGGAUUGCACAUUCUCUAACUGAUUUGACAAUUUCAUGUAUGCAACUGAUGCAGGAUGAAAUUGACUACAAUACUUGCCUAGUAUUCGUGUAACACACUCAUGCCAGAGACUUCUAUUAGUGAUUGUGAAGAGUCGGCAAGCAUUGUUAAGUUGAUUUCGGUAAACUUUGUUAGAGUGUGUUAUUACUAGUAUCAAACUGUUCUUUGAACUAGGGUAGAAUUAAUGUGCUAUCUGUGUGAAGUUAAUGAGGUAUUCACAGAUUAAUUUACAUGUAUAUAACUAUAACAUGUAUACAAUGUUUACUAGUAUUUUUGCUCAUGUCUGUGUACUUAUUUAGAUCAACUGUUUUUGUUUGUCUGUUGAAGUUGUUUAUUUUAAAGUUUUCCUAUUUGAUGUUAAUUGUUUUUACAUUGAAGCCUCCGUCCUUUUUCAAAGUAAAAUUUUAAAUUUGA